CUUGGCAUUCACUUCAGCAACAUCCUUGACUUCAGAUGUCGUUGCACCGGAUGGACAUGGUCAGACAACCCCAGCGGACCACAGUCAAGUACCAGUUCCAAGUGUGUGCAAAGAACACGGAAGUGGGCGACAAGGUCUUCCUUGUGGGAGGUGCCUGGGUUUGAAUUUGAGGCUGGUGCAGUCCGGACUUUCUGUGUGAUUCUCCACCCUAGGCGACAUGUCGCACGCUUGCAAUGACAUUGUAGCAUAUUUCCAUAGAUUACUACUGGUCGGGGCGGCCUACGGUCGCUUCGAGUGCUUUCCGAGCUUGGACGACUCGGAAGCUGCGGAGACGUGUUCCGCGGACCAGGUGGCGCUGCAGCUGGUGCCGCCCAACUUUGAGGAGAUGCUGCAGAAGGCGCUGGACGACAAGCUGCAGAUCGAGAUGGAGCACCAGGAGCUCGCCAAGCAGGAGAUCAUGGAGAAGAACCACGAGCUCUUCACCCAGAACCAGGAGCUGCGCCAGCGGAUGGACAGGAUGGACUUCCUCCUCUCCAAGGUCCUGCUCGAGCGGCAGGGCAACGUGCAUCCACGUGACCUGGAAGGUGGUUCAACGGCCUCAUGGGAAGAAGUCGAGCGAGAGGCCGAGCAGGCCGAGCAGGAGGAGGCUGUGGAGGGCGCGUGAACGAGCACCAGCCAGAGGUUUCCGGGCGCCGAAGGCUUCUGGGUUUGCCUUCUGGAGGUUUAGGUCUGACGAGGGAGGGGCAAGUGCAGCUGCCUCUCCGAUUUAAUUUCACUUGGAAAACGCUGCGGGCCACGCCUGCCACAGGUUUGGGUGCGUCUCAAUUUGCGAA